AUGUUGGUUUCUCGUCGUAUCAACAUCUUAAAACUAUCGAAUCGUUUCCUCUCUUCGUCUUCAAGUUCUCAGUCUCUGCCAGGAAUUGAAGAGCUGGAAAUUGUGACGAAUCCAUCUGGAAAACAUUUGGACGAAUUUAUGAAAGCUGCUGGAAACGACAGAACUGUUUUCAAAAGAGAGGAUAUUGAAUUGUGGCAAAAUAGUUUGAAAGACUAUCAGCUGAAAGUGACAUGUCUGAAAGAGACGAAACGAGUCAUUGCAACUUUACACUUCUGUAAAAUGUAUCCUGUUCCGAAUUCUGGAAAUGAGCCGAUUGUAUUCAUGGGAUUCGGAUGGGCUGACCCGGAAUACAGAUCUGCUCCAUACAUCAAGUUUCAAAACGAUAUGUCCCAUCAAAUGAUUCCAGACAAAAGAACUAAUGUCAUGGCACAAUACAAUGAAGCUGCUAGAAAGUGGUGGCAUCUCUUGAGUGGGAAAACGGAUCAUCCGGAAAAAGGGCAUGAAGUUGUGGAUGUUGGAUAUAGAAGUAUUUAUGAUGCGAAGGAGUUCGUGCUCCCGGAAGGUUUGGACACAACUGGAAUUUCAGUCAAGAAUGCGAGAGAAGUUCCGAAGAAAGAUAUCAUUGAAUACGAUCAGACAGUACAUCCAUAUCGCCGUGAGAAAUACAUAAUUUCCCAUAUGUAUGAUCGUGAUGGAUAUGGAAAAGUUGCGUAUGAUGAAGAUGGAAAAGUGAUUGGAAUCGGUCAAGCAAUCAUUUAUGACAACAAGAAAGACUGUAAUCUCGGACCGAUUUAUGCAGAUGACCCACGUGUCGCCCAGGCUAUGUUUUAUGAAAUGUUGAAAGAUAUCAAGGAUUCUGGAAAGUUUGUGUCUCAAUUCGAAGUUCGCACCACACAGAAAAGUGCCAAUAGUUUCCACUGGAUCGCUCCAUUCUUGAAAUGUAAACCGACUCGCACUCAUAUCUGUAAUCUGGUCUACACACAUUGGGUUCCAAAGAAUAUCGGUUUCGAGAAAAUCUACUGCCCGACUCAUCUUCAAACGUUCAUCUGUUAA